ACACAUUAUAAUAAAAUCCCAACACUCCAAACAAAGACAACUAAUAACACAAUAAUAAUAAUAAUAUGGGCUCAAUUUUCCUCUCCUUACUCCUCUGCCUCUCCUCCCUAAUCAUCUCACCUUCAUCUUCAACCACUAUUUCUCUCACUCUUUCUCCUAAAUCUUCAUCUAAACCUUCGUCAAAUUCAUGGGAAUUAAGCUCUAACAUUGUUAAAACAACACUUGAAAGAGCUCAUCACCUCAAAAACCCUAAGAAAAACAUAUCCGCAACAACCUUACAUGGAACCACUAGCACCCCUCUCUAUGCCCGGAGCUACGGGGGAUACACCGUGUCCCUCGCCUUUGGCACGCCGCCACAGAAAAUCCCCCUGGUGUUUGACACCGGAAGUAGCCUGUUGUGGGUCCCUUGCACCUCCAAGUACAGUUGCGCCAACUGUACUUUCUCUAAUGUUGACCCCUCUAAUAUUACAACCUUCAUUCCAAAGGCAUCCUCGUCUACUCUUAUCAUAGGGUGUCGGAACCCCAAAUGUGGGUGGAUUUUUGACGCCGAUGAAGAAACCCGUUGCGGCCCGGGUUGUGGGUCGAACUGCUCUGUAAUAUGCCCGAGCUAUGUUCUCCAAUACGGGUUGGGAGCUACGGCUGGGAUUGCAAUCUCGGAGACUCUCGACUUGCCUGGAAAAACGGUCCGAGAUUUCUUAAUGGGUUGCUCCCUCCAGUCAGUGCGUCAACCGGAGGGGAUUGCUGGGUUCGGGAGAGCCCCUACAUCGCUCCCUAACCAGCUUAAGCUCGGUAAAUUCUCAUAUUGCCUUUUACCUCAUAAAUUUAAUGACAGUCCUAGAAGUAGUAAGUUAAUUCUCGUUGGCCAAGGGGAAAAGAACCCCAUCGCCAGUGAGGAUAAAAAAGGUGAGAUUAUUGAGUACACCCCGUUUUAUAAUAACCCUACUUUUGCUCCCUACAAUGAGUACUAUUAUGUCUACUUAAGAAAAAUCACCGUAGGUAAAAAACAUGUUAAGUUACCGUACAAGUACCUUGUCCCCGGUCAUAAUGGGGACGGGGGUACCAUAGUGGAUUCUGGGACGACUCUUACUUUUAUGGAGAAACCUUUGUUUGAGCCUCUCGUGAAAGAGUUGGUAGCACAAACCCAUUACAAACGGGCACACGAUAUUGAGGCCCGAUCUGGUUUCGGGCUUUGUUACGAGGUUAAGGAUGCGCAUAAUGUUACGUUCCCAAAGCUGGUAUUUCACUACAAAGGUGGGGCAAAGAUGCUAAUGCCAAUAGAUAAUUACUUCACGUUAGUGAGUGAUUUGGGUGUUUGGUGCUUAACCAUUGUAUCGGAUACAAGCCCGGCCGCGCCAAGUGUGCACGUCGGGCCGGGUGUGAUAUUGGGUAAUUUUCAGCAACAGAAUUUCUACAUUGAGUAUGAUUUGGCGAAUAAAAGGUUGGGUAUCAAGAAGCAAAAGUGUGCAUAACAAAAAGGUUGUGAUUCCAUUCUUUCUUUUUCAUUUCUUUUAUUUUGUUUUAUUGUUUGUUUAAUGUUUUGAUGGUUAUGUAAAUAAAGAAGGCGUCAAGCUAAGUGUAUUGCAUAAUCUUAGAACUUCUGAACUUCAUAGAAUUAUCCAAGUUGGUUCAGUUUUACAACUUCUGGUUUUGACUGGAAUCUCUCGGGAACGGAAAAUUGAGAAAUGAGAAAUGAGAAAUGAGAAAUGAUUUUUAAUGUGCGUAGCGAAUACGUAGUAAUCCUCAGUUCAUUUCUA